AUGCAUUCAGACUGCUCUCGCAGAGGUCAAGGGCCGGGAUGUAAAGGUCAUGGUUUAAAUAGAGAAUCGAAUACUAGAGAUGCUGUGGUAACAAGGGCACUUGCACUGGGGCUCGUACAAGCGGCUGCCGUGCUGGCGAUGGCGUGUCUGGUGGUCGCUGGCGGCGGCGGCUAUGGUGCGCGCGGAGGCCGAAAGAUCGACGGCUCCUCCGGGGGCUUGGGAGUCGGUCUUGGCAGCGGGCACGGGGCGCACGGAGGGCACGGGCACGGAGCGCACGGAGGGCACGGCCACGGAGCGCACGGCCACGGAGCGCACGGAGGCCGCAGCAGCGGAGGCGGCAGCGUGGUCCGCGCCGUGCUCGUCGGCAAAGGAAUUCUCCCCAACAGCGCAAUCAAAGGUGGCCACGGCGGAGGCCAUGGCCAAGCCACCGCCUACAGCGCCGGUCCAGCACCCGGCCCCUUUGGCCCCGGACCUGCUGGAAGGGACGACUUUGGCCCUGGCCCAGUUGACACCGCUAGCUUUGGCCUUGGCCCAGUUGAUAGUGCCAACUUUGGUUCCGUACAAGCUGCUGGUGCCAGCUUUGGUCCUGGCCCAGUUGAUGCUAUUAGUUUUGGCCCUGUUCAAGCUGGUGGUGCCAGCUUUGGCCCCGUUCAAGCUGGUGGCGCCAGUUUUGGCCCAGUUGACACUGGUAGCUUUGGUCCUGGCCCAGUUGAUAGUGCCAGCUUUGGCCCUGUCCAGACUGGUGGAGCCAGCUUCGGCCCGGCCCAGUUGAGAGUGCCAGCUUUGGUCUUGCUCAAGCUGGUGGUGCCAGCUUUGGUCCUGUUCAAGCUGGUGGUGCCAGCUUUGGCACUGUUCAAGCUGGUGGUGCCAGCUUUGGCCAUGGCGCUCUUGAUAGUUCUAACUUUGGCCCUGGCGCUGCUGAUAGUUUUGGUUCCUUCCAACCAGGUGAUGCCAGCUUUGGUCCUGGCCCUGUUGACAGUGCCAGUUUUGGCACUGGCCAAGUCGGUAGCUCUAACUUCGGCUCUGGCCGAGCUGAUACUGCUGGCUUUGGCCCGGGUUCAUUUACCACAGCUGGCUCUUCCAUUGCAAGCAACAAUGUCGGUCUAG